AUGGCCGCGCGUGCUGCCGCCUUGCUGUGGCUGGUUCUGCUGGCCGGGCCCGCGCCGUCCUCUUCGUCCUGGGGCGGCCCGGCGGCCGGGGGCGGCGGCGGCGGCGGCGGGGGCGCGGGGUCCGCCGGCGGGCGCGGGAGGGAGGCCGACCCCGGCGGGGCCCAGGCGGGCGAGCAGCGCCAGCGCCACGACUCCUCGUACGGCACCUUCGCCAGCGAGUUCUACGACAUGCGCUUCCUCUCGGACGAGGGUUAUCCUUUUCCUACUGCUCCUCCAGUGGAUCCGUUUGCAAAAAUUAAAGUGGAUGACUGUGGGAAAACAAAAGGAUGCUUUAGGUAUGGUAAACCAGGAUGUAACGCAGAGACUUGUGACUACUUUCUUAGUUACCGCAGAAUAGGAGCUGACAUAGAGUUUGAACUGAGUGCCGAGACAGAUGGUUGGGUAGCUGUGGGAUUUUCCUCUGAUAAGAAAAUGGGUGGAGAUGAUGUCAUGGCCUGUGUUCACGAUGACAAUGGAAGAGUCAGAAUACAUCACUUCUACAACGUUGGACAGUGGGCCAAAGAAAUCCCAAGAAAUCCUGCUAGAGACGAAGAAGGUCUUUUUGAAAACAACCGCGUAACAUGUCGAUUCAAGCGUCCUGUGAAGGUUCCCAGAGAUGAGACUAUUGUAGAUCUUCAUCUGAGCUGGUAUUAUUUAUUUGCUUGGGGCCCAGCAAUUCAGGGUUCUAUAACUAGGCAUGACAUAGAUUCUCCACCUGUCUCGGAGCGUGUGGUCAGUAUUUACAAGUAUGAAGAUAUUUUUAUGCCGUCAGCUGCCUAUCAGACCUUCUCUUCUCCAUUCUGCUUGUUGCUUAUUGUUGCAUUGACAUUCUAUUUAUUGAUGGGAACCCCAUGACGACUGCAAACAGAGACCAUUUGUUAGUGAGCAUUGCUCAGGACAGGAGCUUUUUCUAUUGGAAAUGGUAUCACUGGACACUUAGUUAUUCACUGGCAGCUUGAGCUCCUCUGCUACCUGAGCCAUAGUUGUGUGCCAAACAAUCACGAUAUUUGAGAAUAAUCAAGGAACAAUUGUAAUUGGCAGAACAUUUUUAGUAGAUAUAUAACUUGUUUCAUGAAAGAUUAAGGCUGCGUUCCUUUUACUUACUAGGGAGAAAGCCUAGCCAAACACAGCAUGACUUACUUCUGAGUAGACAUAGAAAGGAUUGCAUUGUUAAACCUAUGGGUGUGAUGGUGAAAUAUUAUGAGAAACACGUAAAUUCUAUUUCCUAACUCUAAAUUACAUUUAAUUGAGUAAAUAAAAAAUAGAAAUAUAUCACAUUUCAUGAGAUUAUUUAGGUAAUAUAUGUUUAAAUACUUACAAUUUAAGUGACUGGUCCCAGAGUCAAAAUAAUGUUAAUUAUUUUUUUACCUUCCCAAAUAAAAUUGUGCAUAAGCUUAAGUAUUUAUAGGGCUCUAAAACAAGUCAGCAUUAAAAAUUAUCUUUUGGGAAAUGAUAGAAGAUAACCAUUAUUCAGCCAAGAAAAUAACUUUUCUAUCUGAAAAAGUCACCAACAGACCAUUUUAAGAAAAUGGCCACAUUUUGCCUAAUUUAUUAUUAUUUUAAAUCUGUGCUACUGGGAAGGGGGGCUGAGAGGUUGAUGGAUCUUGUAGAACUUCCUUCUCUGCAGGCAGCAAAGGAAGUUCAUCCACAAAUGCCUUCUUGUUCGCUCCUCCACUGUUGUUGCUCUGACAGCAAUGGGGGCUGAGAAAAGGAUAUACUAGGUUGGAGGCGUGAAACCAGUGGGAAGGGAACCAUUUUAAUAAUGUGUGAAGGGGAAAAGGGGAAAGAAAAAGUAAUUUACCCCCAACUAAAGCUAAAGCAAGUCCGGCAGGGCUUAGGAAAGUAUAGUUCCUCUGCCCCCUUCAAAUUGUUUCAUAGGCAAAAGUAGUGCCAUUGGAAAAGUUCUCCUACAAGGAUACAAACAAGUGAAAAUAAUAGCUAAGUUUCCAGUAUGGAGUGUACAUUUUCUGGAAAAAGCAGCACUAUAUGAGGUAAGUGACUUAAAAGAAGAUGUUUACAUGUGUAUAUAUUUUGACACAAUUUGUGUUCCGUUUCUUAUGUAUGCAUAAAUGUGAAGCAAGUGAAAGAAGAAAAAAAGAACCCUUUUAUCUUGUAUUUUUCCUUUAUUUGAAAUGCUAUCUCCAAGGGUACGGAAAUAUAAUUUUUGUUGCUGACAUGGAAUCAAUAGACAUGGAAUCAAUAUAAAGGAACGACUUGUUCCUCAGAACUAUGAAUGAACUAAAAAGUGUAUUUGAACUAAAUGUGUAUUUCUACAAAAUGUUCAGUACAUGGAAAUGUAAAAAGAGGUCAGUAUUAUGUCAGAUUUACUGUGUGAAAUAUGAGUGACAAAAGAUAAGUAAAGAUAAUUUGAUGCA